UUGCGCGCGCGCAGUCGCCGCUGCACUCCGCCGCUCGACGUGCCCGAUCCCGCUGGGUUUUUGAAGAAACGAAAAGCAAACUCAGUCGAAAUGACAGUGAAGAAGAGGCCGUCGGAUCUGACCAGCUUGGAGCGGUUCAACUUGUACUACAGAGAAAAGGAGCCGCCACUGACGUCGGGACAGAAGUGCAGAAGGUUCAUAUGGAAUCCGAAAACAAAGCAGUUCUGUGGCAGGACUGCGUCUAGCUGGUCCAAAAUCUCCUUAUUUUACUUCAUCUUCUACGCCGCUCUUGCCAUCCUCGUCGCGAUUUGCAUGUGGACAUUCCUUCAACUGCUGGACGCGCGGCAGCCCAAAUGGCAGCUGGAAGGUUCCAUCAUCGGCACCAACCCUGGGCUGGGCUUCAGGCCAACGCCACCUGAAGUGGCCAGCAGCGUCAUCUGGUACAAAGGAAACGAUCCUGCCAACUAUCAGUUUUGGGUUAAAGAGCUAUCAACUUUUUUAAAAUCUUAUAAACGGGAUGCUAACAAGUCCGGCGCGGGUCAGAACAUCCACAAUUGCGACUUCAAGCUUCCUCCACCAGCUGGCAAAGUCUGUGACGUGGACGUCAACGCCUGGAGUCCCUGCAUCGAGGAGAACGGCUUCGCCUACCACAAGUCAACGCCUUGCAUCUUCCUAAAGCUUAACAAGAUAUUCGGAUGGAAACCAGCGUUCUACAACAGUUCUGAUCUCUUGCCCGCAGCUAUGCCUGAUGACUUGAAGGACCAUAUUAAGAAUAUGACUGCUUUUGAUAAGAAUUAUCUGAACAUGGUGUGGGUGUCCUGCCAGGGCGAGAACCCCGCGGACAGGGAGAACAUCGGCCCCAUCCAGUACCUGCCCUACCGGGGCUUCCCGGGGUACUACUUCCCCUACACCAACCAAGAGGGUUACCUGAGUCCUCUAGUCGCUGUACACUUACAAAGACCCAAAACGGGCAUGCUGAUUAACAUAGAGUGCCGCGCCUGGGCGCACAAUAUCAAAUACGACCGGCAUGAGGGCAUCGGCUCCGUCCACAUCGAGAUCAUGGUGGAAUAAAAAGAACAAUCCAACAUUAGCUUUAUUGUUGUUGAACGCCCGAAAUUAAUAAAACCAGUAAACAUCUUCCUUCAUGAAGAAAAAAGGUUUUAGCUUAUAAAUACCUAUAGUUUUUUUUUGUGGAAAAUUUGUUUCUAAUCGUAUAUGCACUUAUUAUUGGGCGAUGAAAGAAUAAGCGCCUAAAAAGUAGUAUUUAUAAAUCCUUCUACUCCACUGAGUGGAGUUCUUGGCUUUCAAGUGUGAAAGCCAAACCUUCUUGUUUAAAAAAAAACAAUCCAGGUAAUAAGAUCAUUAUAAUAUGAACUGUAAAAUUUAUGAAAGUAUUUUUGGUCAAAGCGUCUACAAUUCUUUGUAAUCUAGGAUCCCAAGACUAAAGAUCGAUGAUUUAAAAAAAGAAUUAUUUUUGUAAAGCGCAUAUAAAAUCAAUCCAUAGAUUAUGUCUUUGGUUGUGGAUACGCUAUUAGUUUCGGGCGGAAGUCAUAGCAAUCUGUGAACCGUUUUUUAAUUUAAUUUAAUUGUAAUUAAAUGUUGUUCUUUAA